AUGCCGUCCACAACCCCGCUCGUCGACGCCACCUCGCCCGCCGCCGCCACACCGGACGCCUCUGCCACCGCUGUUCCGGCCCCGGUCUCCAUCGCCGCCGCCGCAGGUCCGGUCUACCCGCCCUACGCUCACGCCCUGGCCGGCGCGGGCGGCGGCCUAGCCACCGUCACCUUGCUCCACCCGCUCGACACCCUCCGCACCCGUCUGCAAUCCGUCGAGCGCCGCGCCGUCCUCGCGCGCCGCGGCGACGCCGUCCGCGCCUUUAAGGAGAUCCUCGUUCGGGAGGGAGCCCCGGCCCUCUACCGCGGAGUUGUCCCCGCUGCCUUCGGCUCCGUCUUGUCCUGGGCCUGCUACUUUCAUUGGUUCCAGCGCGCCCGCACAAUCGUCAAGCCCGCCAUCACCCAUGAGACGGGCUCGCAUUUGCUCGCCGGCACCAUAGCGGGGCUCAUGACCAGCUUCGCCACCAACCCAAUCUGGGUCGUCAAGGUUCGCUUGCAGUUGCAGCGCACGGGCAAAUCUGUCGCCCCAGGAUUCAAGCCGUACUCUGGCUUUUUCGACGGGCUCAAGAGCAUCACCAGGGAGGAGGGAGUGCGCGGCUUGUAUCGCGGCAUCGGACCCAGCGUGUGGCUCGUGUCACACGGCGCCGUCCAAUUUACCAUGUAUGAGCGGUUUAAGGAACGUUUGCGCCAGGACGCAGACCCACAAUCGGGCACCACAGUUUUCCACUCCCUCAUCGCGUCCACAGGGUCCAAGCUCGUCGCCUCGCUCGCCACGUAUCCGUUGCAAGUAGCAAGGACCCGUAUGCAGGAGCGGUUUGCCGACGGCAGGAGGUAUGGCAACUUUCACACCGCCUUCAUGUACAUAUUUCGGACAGAGGGGAUUAGGGGUUUGUAUCGAGGACUUUCGGCAAACGUUAUUAGAGUUACCCCCCAGGCAGCGGUUACGUUUAUCACUUACGAGCAAAUUUUGAAGCUUUGCGCCAACUGA